UCCUUCCUUUCAUUAAACAAACAGGAGAUCCUGAAACCUGGACCCUGUGCAAGCCGCAGCGCUAGGAAGAGGCGGAGGAGGAGGCAGAGCCGGGAUGGGCGCCGAGGGAGAUCGGUGAUCCCGUGCACCCCCGCCCCAUGCGCGCGCGCACACACUCUCACACAUACACGCACACUCACUCGCACAAACACACACUCGUACACGCCCGCGCCGCGCGCUCGCCGGCUCCAUCUCCCACGCAGGCGGAAUGCAGCAGAACCCGGGGAGCGUGUCUCCAGCAGCUGCCUGAAUGCACCUUGCUCCCGGGAGCCGGACGGCCCAGUAGGGCGCAAGGGAGGACGCUUCACCUAGAGCGCCUGGAGAGUUUUAGACGGUGCAGCCUUGCUACAUGUUGUGAGAAAUGGCUGUAGGAAACAACACUCAACGAAGUUAUUCCAUCAUCCCAUGUUUUAUAUUUGUUGAGCUUGUCAUCAUGGCUGGGACAGUGCUGCUUGCCUACUACUUCGAAUGCACUGACACUUUUCAGGUGCAUAUCCAAGGAUUCUUCUGUCAGGAUGGAGACCUAAUGAAGCCUUACCCAGGGACAGAGGAAGAAAGCUUCAUCACCCCUCUGGUGCUCUAUUGUGUGCUGGCUGCCACCCCAACGGCUAUUAUUUUUAUUGGUGAGAUAUCCAUGUAUUUCAUAAAGUCAACCAGAGAAUCUCUAAUUGCCCAGGAGAAAACAAUUCUGACUGGAGAGUGCUGUUACCUGAACCCCUUACUCCGAAGGAUCAUAAGAUUCAUAGGGGUAUUUGCUUUUGGGCUUUUUGCUACUGACAUUUUUGUAAACGCCGGACAAGUGGUCACGGGGCACCUGACGCCCUACUUCCUGACGGUGUGCAAGCCCAACUACACCAGCGCAGACUGCCGGGCACACCACCAGUUCAUAAACAAUGGGAAUAUCUGUACCGGGGACCUGGAGGUGAUUGAGAAGGCUCGGAGGUCCUUUCCUUCCAAACACGCUGCUCUGAGCAUUUACUCUGCCUUGUAUGCCACGAUGUACAUCACAAGCACAAUCAAGACCAAGAGCAGUCGACUGGCCAAACCGGUGCUGUGCCUCGGGACCCUCUGCACCGCCUUCCUGACGGGCCUCAACCGGGUCUCUGAGUAUCGGAACCACUGCUCUGACGUGAUCGCGGGCUUUAUCCUGGGCACUGCUGUUGCCCUGUUUCUGGGAAUGUGUGUGGUCCAUAACUUUAAAGGAACUCAAGGAUCUCCUUCCAAACCGAAACCCGAGGACCCCCAUGGAGUACCUCUCAUGGCUUUCCCAAGGAUAGAAAGCCCUCUGGAAACCUUAAGUGCACAGAAUCACUCUGCCUCCAUGACCGAAGUUACCUGAGAUGGCUGGUGUGUCACAAGCUGUUUUUUUUAAAAAUCACCUUCCUAUUUGAUACUUCAAGACACACAGUUACUUGAUGUCAAACUGUGAAGACAAGUAUUAUGUUUAACUAGUUAGAAACUAAUGUUUUGUACAUUUUUUUUUGUAUGAGGAAGUGAUGUAGCUUGCCCUGAUUUUUUUUUUUUUUUUUGGUCAGCUUUAAUAUAUUUAUGCCAGAAUUUUAAAGAAAACUUUCUUGUUCAGGUGUGCAUCGAAGAACCACAUUUAUUCAAUGGUUGAUGUUGUUUGGUGAUAUUUGUACACAAACCCUCUUUUCUCAGUUUUAUAGAUACCAAUAAAAUGAACAUAAUAAUUCACUUUAAUCUUUUACUACCACAGUUGCUGCCUCUUCUGGAAUUUUGGAAUUUUAAUGAAACUUCCCUUUUGCGUUACAGGGAAAAUGAUGUUGGUUAAUGGUCAAUCUCAAAAAUCAAUUGUGCAGGAAAAAAUACUACCCUGAAAAAGAACUUUGUGUUCAGAUUUCUUGACACGUGAUCACAUUCAAAGUAAUAUAUUAAUAAAAGAUCACCUAAGUUACACAAGCAGUGACAGGGAAUCCUGGAUUUGAGCAAUGCUGGGCAUGAUUCUUUCUUACCUAAGGGCCUCUCCUGUGUAAGAAAUUCAAGGUCAUUCUGCAGCCAUGCCCUUGGGCUGGCAGGUGAUACUGCCACCUGCGUUCCCCAAAAAUGCCACUACCAGCCUCCCCUAUCCACGCAGUUUUGUAUAUCUCACUGUACGGACUUUGUAGAAAAUGUAUAUUUUAUAGUUUGCACAGUAUUACUUUACAGGAAGGGUGGCGGAGCAUCUACAGCCUAGAGCCCCAGAGCAAUAGCUUGACUUUGUGGCUCCAAUUUUAACUGCAUCUCAUUUCUCUAGCAUGGUAAUAGCUAAUGUGUAACUCCUUCAAGAGAAGGCGCUCCCUUGUCUGUACCCAUCAGAAUGUUCUCUUGACACUUCCAUGUUGGUUCUUCUUUAACUUUUCUUUUUGUACAUUUUUUUUUCUAAAGAAAAAAGUUAUCACAAAA